ACGCUUUAUUUGUUACAAACUAUUUUGAAUGUGGCUAUCAAGGCUAUGGAGCCAUUGAACCUGUGGAAUAUAGUAACCAUUGUUUAAGGCAGAUUUUGCAGUGCUGCUUUUUUGCAGUAGGCUAAGUUUGCUGUUGAAAAGUAUGUUAAUUGCAACAUCGACUUCAAAACUUGAUUAAGAAAGUGAUAGUGAUUUUUCAAAGCAAAAGUAAAAAAAUUACUGAAAGAAGAAUUUUAUUUGCAUUGACAAUCUGAGUUUAUGUGACACAAUGCCGCCUUCUAAACUUCAGAAGGUUUUGAAGAACAGGACAAAAGGAAUAACUUUGUUAGUUUUUACAGCAGACGUAGUUAUCUUAAUAAUAGUUUUAAUCAUUUUAUGGGUGAUGCCAGCGCCCCGUACCCCAGGGGAAGACUGUGGUUAUAUGUGCCUGCAGUGCACGACCGAUCCUAGUGGUAUAUGUUGUGGUUGCCGAGAUGUAAUUCUACAAAACUACAUGGAAAAGACCUUCGAUGAAAAACAUACUGAGAUUUCUUCCGAAUAUACAGCGAUGUUUGAAAGAACAGUUGUUAAGAUCCACAAAGGUUAUAUAGGAGAUGUGAAACCAGUUGCACAUUUGAUCGGAGAGGACCGAGACAUGCCAGCCACAGAUGAAAUAAGCAAAAACAUUCUCCCAAUCAGGAAGUGGUAUAGGGGAAACAACUGUUUGCUGUUAAAUGGUGUAACAUUAAACAAUGGCCGUGUCCGUGUUCCUGUCAGCGGAUAUUAUCAUGUAUAUAGUGCCGUGGACUUUAACUACCAGUUUAUCCGGAAUACAACACAAAAUACAAUCAAUGUACUGUCAAAGAGUCCAUGUUUAAUUCAUUCAAUAUAUAAAUCAAACAUUAAAGAAAAGAAAGGUGGCGAGAAGGAAGUGAUGUGUACCCACCACCCAUAUGAGAGAUCGGAAAACUCAAUAUUUUCCAGAUAUGAUACGUACAUCUCCGCAGAUAUUCAUCUUGAGGCAGGAGAAGAAAUUUAUGUUAAAGUAGCGAACAUUUCAUAUGCUUCAAGUCCACCAAAGAAUGUUUUUGGAAUACAUUUGAUUUAAUAGGAGAAAGUACGUACUGGUUAUAACUCUACAUGUAACAAAACACACAUACGGAUAAUUAUGAUUUACAUGUUACAAAAAAACAUACACCGACGGUUGGAAUUUAUAUGUUAAAAACACACACAUGAACAAUUAUGAUUUACAUGUAUAAAAAACACAUACACGGAGUUUUAUGAUUUACAUGUUUCAAAAACACCCACACAGAGAGUUAUGAUUUACAUGUUUCAAAAGCACAUACACACACACACUCACAAAGUUAUGAAUUUCAUGUGACAGAACGAAUGUUCAAGUAAAACAAAGUACCUUUUUAAUUAAAAUUUUUUAAUAUUUUUCGAUUUGUAAGUUCAUAAAAGAUUGUUUUAAAUACAAAGCAUUGAUAUAAAACGAUUGUUUGUGGUUAUAUGUAAUAUAUUAUAUUUCAAAGUGUUUCUUCUUAAUAAAAUUCUAAAAAUUUA